ACGGUUCAAGAAAUAAACACGACGAAGAAGAAAAACUCUUUCCGCAUUGUCACAGCUUCUGUCAAACAGGCUGCCGAGGGUAACUAUUUGGACACAAAACGGCCAAAAUGAAGGACAAAAGACGAGAGAAAAUCAGCGUCGCCACCGAGAUUGACCGGCUGGAGGAGCGGCGGGCCCGUUGCCAGGACAACCUGGAGAGAGCCGAGUUCAAGAGCCGGAAGGAGAAGAUGUCCGAGAAGGACAGACAAGAACUAGAAGAUGAAAUGGCGAUCAUGAAUGAGAGAGUGCAAAAGCUCGACAAAGAGCUGGAGACGUUAAGAGGCGAGAACCGGAGGAACAUGCUGCUGUCGGUCGCCCUGCUGGCUGUCAGCGCUCUCUUCUACUACAUAUUUUUCUACAGUGAAGAAGACUCAUGAUAGCAUCCAGGACCUUAAAGGGACCCACCAGUCUUAAGAGAGCCACCAGCUCAGGACAGUGUUGCUAUGAGGUCAUAAGACACUUAAGCCCGAAAUUAUUCAUACACUGGUCAAAUACAAGAAAAUUCUUAAUUUUUUCAGUGUCACAUCAGUAUUUUACCUCAGAUUUGAUAUAAAUAGGACACAGAAGAGAGUCUGAAGCUAUAACCGAUUUAUUUAACAUAGAAAGUGUGAAGAAAAAUCUUUAACAGGGUGAAAACAAAAAAACAAAAAAUCACUGUCCAAAACUAUUCUCAGUUGCAAACCCCUUAUUUUAUUUUUUAUCACGGCCUCCAAACAUUUUUACUAACUGCUCACAAGCUUCUUGCAAGUAUCUGCAAGAAUUCUGAACCAUUCAUCUUUUGCAAAUGUUUCAAGAUCCUUGAGGUUGGAAGGUUUCUGUGCCGUUACCCGUUUCUUGAGCUCCAUCCGCAGCUUCUCGGUGGGGUUUACAUCAGGACUUUUGAAAGAAAUUAAGAAAUUCCUUGCAUUUGGCAGGUCUGUAAAUAAUUUUGUGCUUAAGUGUAAGAGGCCAUGAUUGUGGCCACAAGGAUGAAAGAUGAACCAGAGCCAAAGAGUUGUGUUGAUGAAAUACCUCCGUUCUGCCUCCAGAUGGCGCCAUUCCACAUCAAACUGGGUUCAUCCUGCAGUCCAAACCCAGCACAGCUUCAUUUAGGGCAUAUUAUCUGCAGCAACAUGGAUGAAAAGUUUUAAGUGUUACAGACUUUUUUGGGCCGGUCUCAGUCUGUGUUUCCUCAGUGGAAUAAUCAGAAAUGCAUGGAGUGAAUGACACACAGUGAACAUCUGUACUCCACUGCAUGUAGCUCAGUACAUUUUCUAAUACAUAUGAGGUUGUAUUGAGGAGAAGGAGUGAGCUUGUUGUUUAUUUUCCUCAGCUCUUAUUGCAGACUGACAUUCAACCAAAAGAAGCAACUGAAUAUUAACUUUGCCUUAUGUGAUGUUGCUGUACCGGGCUUUGCAAAAGUUCUGUUACACUUGCAAAAUGCAAGCAAAAUGAACACAAAGAUUUUUUUGGUGCAAUAAGAUAAUUUUUUAUUUUCCAAAUAUUUCAAUAUAUGUGUUAAUGAUAAUAUUAAUCAGAAAUGUGGCCACCCAAAAGUUUUAUCUCAUCGCACCAACAAAUCUUUGUGUUCAUUUUCGUGAAUGUCUCAACAAGUGUAACAGAACUUUUUCAAAGCCCGGUAAAUCCUGCAGAGAUGUUUGAUGAAAUGCUGCUUUUCAGUCAUAUGAAUGAUUCAGUGGGAUAACGCAUGCUGCAUGACGUUUGUACAGUUUGAUGAAGGAACAUGUUUGAUAGAUUUAGGAAUAUUACUCUGUUUUGGCAUUAUAGCAAACAGAGAACUUGAAGAAUGUAUUUUUGAUUAUUUUUUGUUGUAACUCAUGCUGCCAUACACCUAAUUCCUACCAAGAGCUUGAACAUGAAAUGUCUUUAUAAUGCAAAUUUGAAAUGACUUGUUAUGUGGGGAUUUAUGUGCGUGUUGAUUCUUUUCCAUGAAUAUAUUAUUAAAUGCUGCAUUGCCA